AUGACUUCAGGACGAGGUGUACGUACAAGAACCCCAAUAUUGCUUGGAGAAGAAAUUUGCGAAUAUGUGGGGGAACUUAUCUCCGGUGAAGAAGGAGAGAAGAGGGAGAAGGAGGUCGAAAGUGUUUUUCGGUUUUUUUUUCAACAUUCGGGAAAGGAAUGGUGCAUGGACGCCACCAAAGAACCUGAGAGAGAUGAAGAAAGUUUUGGUCGCCUUGUCAACCACGGAAGAAAAGAGGAGCAGAAUGCAAGAAUGAAAGUGAAGGUGGAUGGAAGUGGAACUCCACGCCUAAUGUUAUGUGCCAUCAGAAACACCCAACCAGGGGAGGAAAUAUUGUAUGAUUACGGGCUAAAGGAGCUUCCUUGGAUGGAAAUCAGAAUAUCUCUUGGAACUUAG